AUGUGGGAGUGGGUCAGAAGAGCUGUGCUGCACUCACUGUCCACGGCCCUUCUGCGCCUCUGGAAGUGGGUACGGGCUUUCUGGUACAAAAAUGGCCUCUUGACUCUCUCGAUGCUGUCAGUUGUCACUGGAUGCCUCCUGGGGUUCCUGCUGCGGGCACUCGAGCUGACAGACCUGGAGAAGCAGUAUUUUUCCUUUCCUGGAGAGCUCCUCAUGAGGAUGCUGAAGAUGCUGAUCCUGCCCUUGAUCACCUCCAGCCUCAUGUCUGGGCUGGCCACCAUGGACUCCAAGGCCUGUGGGAAGAUGGGGGUGAUCACCAUCACCUACUACCUUUGGACAACCUUCAUGGCAGUGACUGUGGGGAUCAUCCUCGUGGUCAGCAUCCAUCCUGGUGCAGCUGCCCAGAAGGACAACUACUCUGUGGGGAAAGUGGUGCUCAGCUCCGCCGAUGCAUUACUGGAUUUAAUCAGAAACAUGUUUCCUUCUAACCUGGUUGAAGCUUCAUUCCAGCAGUAUCGAACUGUUCUUGUCCCAGUGGUGAAGUCACCUGGUUUUCCAAAGAUCCCAGGAAAACCUGUCAAUUUUAUUUACUUUGCACCUGAUGACAAAAACCCUGAAAUCCAUCGGCCUGUGUUCCUUGAGCUGACACCAUCACCUGAGAUGACCUACAGGACCCUGGCUGGGACCAGCAAUGAGAUGAAUGUCCUGGGGAUCGUCAUCUUCUCAGCAACCAUAGGACUUCUCCUAGGAAAAAUGGGUGAACGAGGAGCCCCGCUGGUUAACGUGUGCCAGUGUCUGAACGAAGCAGUUAUGAAAAUUGUCUCAAUGGCUGUUUGGUACUUCCCCUUUGGCAUUGUAUUUCUCAUAGCUGGAAAGAUCUUGGAGAUGGAAGAUCCAUCGGUUAUAGGACAGAAACUGGGACUAUAUGUCAUUACAGUGGUGUCAGGGCUUGCCUUCCAUGGAAUCAUCCUCUUACCUCUGCUUUUUGUGCUCAUCACCAAGAAAAACCCCUUUGCUUUCAUUCAGGGGAUACUGCAAGCCUUGCUGAUCGCCUUAGCUACAUCCUCCAGCUCAGCCACCCUGCCCAUCACACUCAAGUGUCUCCUGGAGAACAACGGCAUCGACAGGCGCGUGGCACGAUUUGUGCUCCCUGUCGGGGCCACCAUCAACAUGGACGGCACAGCGCUCUACGAGGCGGUCGCUGCCAUCUUCAUUGCCCAGGUCAAUGAGUAUGAACUGGAUUUGGGACAAAUUAUAACUAUAAGCAUCACAGCCUCGGCAGCCAGCAUUGGGGCCGCUGGGAUCCCGCAGUCUGGGCUCGUCACCAUGGUCAUUGUCCUCACCUCUGUGGGGCUGCCCACCGAGGACAUCACCCUCAUCAUCGCCGUCGACUGGGCUCUGGACCGACUACGAACCAUGACCAAUGUCCUUGGUGACGCGCUGGCUGCUGGCAUCAUAGCACACGUCUGCGAGAAGGACUUUGCCCCAAAGCCCCCCCCAGAAGACCGAGUGAGCAACACAGACAAGUUUCCUUCUGCAGAGACCUCACACCUGCAUCCCAAAGACAAUGGGAUUGAAGUGAUUGAAGAAACCCUUUUGGAUCAGACAGGAGUUCACUACAACAUCUGCCAGGUGUAGAUAACAGCGUUCCUGCUCCCAGGAAUGGCAUCUUGGUGCUAAACACUGACAUAGUGAGUGUCGCAUAUGGAUGCUCUGCAAGUUAAAAGGCCUUACUUGGCACAAGUGGGAAAAUCCUCUCUUAUCCUUUGAAGACCAUAGGACUCCCAGCAGGCACUCAAAGAGCAUGGCUCUGCUGCUGGGGCAGGGAGCCAGCUCCUCCCUGCGCCUGAGGACACAGCUGGGAGCUCGCUGCCCUGUCCUAAAUGGCUUGGUUUGAAGGAUUGUUAACUCCACUUUUUCCAAGCUCACCUAUUUUUGAAAGCUAGGGAGGUGAUCAGGUGUUAGCAGACUGGAAUUGGUGAGAAUGCAGCAGGGGUGAGACAUAUCACUGAACCCUCUGGCCAGCAGCUCUUCCCUGGAGGCCAGGCUGUGCUCCAGAAGCUUUUGUUUUCCUUAUAGAGAUUAUUUUUUUAAUCAUUGCUUUUUAUUUUACUACUGGGUUCUCAUCUAAAAACUAAGAUUAAGUGAAUUUCUGUCUAGAGCUCAAAAUUCAAGUUGGACAUAAUGGGAUUUCCCAGCUGUCAGGUUACAGACAGGAUGGCUGAGCUGUUGCACUCUUGUGGGGACAGUGGGAUCCACUGGCUGGAAGGAAGGAAGGAAGGACAAACUGUACACCUGUUUCUACAGCUGUCUUAUUACAGAGAACUAAUUAAUGAGGCCCAGUUGCAACUGUGUUGAUUUUCCCAGCUAAGGAUCUGUCUCCAAGCUCAAAUUCCAACUACAGCCUUAAAAUCCAGGCUUCCCAGGGCAGCCUUCUACACAAAAGCCUUUUAUACCAACAAUUCAUGUCACUGAAUUAAUUUGUAUUUCAAAAUGUCAUCUCAUCCCUUUUCUCUUGAUCUUCCCUGCCACAGAAUUGGAAAUCUGUAACACAGCUCAGACCCCCACUCACAUCACUGAACUGUUCUCCAAUUGCACAUAAAGAAAACAUUUUAUGUGCAGAACUCUUUCAAGCUGAAGUCAGAGGUUGUAAAAAAAUUUUUAAUUUAGAAGAAAUAUUCAUUCCAGUUUUGCCAAAUGAAAAGCAGAAACUAUUAAAUAUCAUAAACCAGCUUUUGCACAAAAAUUGUCUUCUAUUAACUUCAAGCAAAAGCCUUCACACAAUUAGAAUCCUGGGCAAUGUAAGCUUGAGAUGCUGCUGCUAACUUUGGCCUUUUUCACCCUUUCCCCUUGGUGAGGUUAAUUAUUACCUUCUUAAACAUUACAGCCCAAUUGCUCUUCAAGGAGCACUUACAUCAUUUGCAAAGCAAAAAUAAUCACAUUUCAAAUCAAUCUCUGCAGCUUCCCCAGACAUCCCUCCCUCCUUCCCAUAUCACGUAUGAUCACCUUGAUACAUCACACACCGGUUCAGCAUCACUGGCUCUGAAGGUUUUUGUGGUUGUAUCUCUACACCAGGAGUGAGCUCAGCCACCCAAAACCCCCUGGGAGACACUGGGGAGGCUCCAGGCAGCCCCAGCUCUGGCCAAGGAUCCGAGUAUCCCAUCUGUCUGCAAGUUAUCCACAUCCUGCAGACACAGCUGGACAGACACCUCCAAUGCACCUGCACCAGCAGACUCAUUAAAACAGGCAAGAUUUUUGAGACCUUUCUGGUCCGUCACUGGUGCAUGGGAGCGCCUCCAUCCCUCAUUGAAUGCCCCAGGCGAGUCCAGGCUGACCAGCACAGACAGACACCAGCACAGGCAGCAGAGACAAGCCCCACUUUCACAUUUGUUCUCCUCUCAUCAGUGAGCUCUGGAUAUUACAGCACACCAUUAACCCUGCAACAAAAGGCAGGAUGGAAUGCCCAUGGCAAAGGCCCUUGAGUGCUGGGGCUGCAGGAUGAGCCUCUGGGCAGUCACUCCCAUCACUGGGCUCUGGCUGCUGCAGACCAGAGCACUUUAUCCCAUGCCCUGGAAACAGCAAGUCAUGCUAAAACAACUUAAAUAGCACAUCCUCAAGCUCACUGCAGCAAAGAAAAGAAUAUUAUUGAAAACACAGAAUAUUAUAUCUCAGUAAUAAAUCUAGAGCUGGUGAAGCCAAUCACACCCUGUACAACUAGCCCCUGUGCUUUAUCAGAAUGGAUGGAUUGGAAAGGAACUCAAAGCUCAUCUCCCAUGGCAGGGACACCUUCCAUUAGACCAGGUUGCUCCAAGCCCUGUUCAGCCUGGCCUUCAAAGUGUUGGUAACACCUCUUACUAUCUAGUGAUAUUCACAUUAGCAGAGAUGUUUUGAUUUUGGAAAUCAGCAGGAAGUAUUUUGAUGCUAGUAAGGUAAAGGUAAAGUGUCAUGCUGGAGUCCACAUAGCCUUGUCCUUGUGACAAAUACAGCAAGGGAGACCUUUGAGUCCAGCAACCUCAAAAUUGGGUUGUCAUCACUGUGACCCUCUAACAGGAUAAAACAAGGGGAAAAAAUAAUUCAAGUGCUUCUGGAAAUCUCUUUGUGGUCUGGUAUAGAGGGAAGGGUUAUUGAAGGGGAAAGCCCAAAGGCAGCAAGGACAAUCCAUCUUCAGCACUGCACACAGGCAAAGGAGAGGCACCUGAACACCUUCAACAGGGUGGAAACUGUGGAAAAGUAAAUGAAGGAGAUUUACGGGAUGGCCCAGCUGGUGAGGGGCCCACUGUCGCAGACUAUGCCCUUGGGACAGCUCCAUCCCAGCCCCACCUGCAUUUUCAGUAACCUGCUGCUGGGGAAACACUGACAGCAAUGUUUAUCUGCUGCUCAGGGGGGAACAGCAGCCUCCCUGUGCCAGCACUGAGAGCUGGUGGCACUCAUGGAACCGCAGAAUGUCAGCAGGGCUUUUGUAGAGAGCAACACAAACUCAUCAGGGGUGAGGAACAAGAGAUUUCUAGAAAACGAGAAAGCAGCAGAGUCUGGACAAAGUCACUGGGCAUCACUUGGGAGGAGUUUAAUUCUGUACCAGCUGUAUUCAGGAGACCAGGAUGGGAGAGAGGUGAAGUUCCACGUGACAAACUGAAACCCAUCUAUUCGGCCUCAAAAAAGAUUAAAAAAGGGACCUGGGGAACUGCCCAGGCUCCCCAGGGAAUGGUCCCAGCCCCAAGGCUGCCAGAGCUCCAGGAGCGUUUGGACAGCACUCUCAGGGAUGAGCAUCUCAUUUCAUCUCAGGGUGAAAUUGUUGGGGUAUCUGUGUAGGGCCAGGGGCUGGAGUGAUGAUCCCUUUGGGCUCAGUAUAUUCUGUGGUUCCAUAAUUAAAUUCUACUGACAGAUGCACUGCACCUUCAAAGUAUUUUAAACUAUUUUCCCAGGCACCUGUAAGAAAAAAGAGGUCCCUCUCUCUGUUCUAGCACUGAAAAUCUAACUCUGUUAUUUCCAUGAAAUUGAAGAAGUACAGGCAGUGCAAGGCACAUAUCCUACAGCACAGAAAUCUGGUGUACAGAAAGCACACAUGCUCAAACCUGUAUUUCUUCCUUCAAAAUCUUUGUUUUCCUUACAAACAAAAAUCUCAGCUGCUCUGGUAAUACAGGUGAUCCCUGGGUUAUGGUUGCUGCAUUUAAUAUUGCAAUAAAGCUGGAGAGCAACUGGGUGAAGAAAUUUGGUGGUUAUACAAGUGUUAUUUUACUGAAAAAAAUCCUCAAGGAAAUCUACUUUAAUGAACUAAAAUCCAUGUGAAAGGUAUUUAUGGGGUCUGUGGUUAUUAAGCAAAAUGAAAAGUUGAAGCAGCCCUUGGCUCUGGGGCACCUCCCAGACACAGGCAGAAAACCCCCCUGCUGGCCACAUGAGCCUUGACUGGGGAAUGACAUUUCCACAGUGGUAUUUGACAAUUUGAGGAUGUGAUUGAUAAGUGAAUUUUCAUUGAACUGAAUGACUUGAGCAUAUACUUUACUCAGAAGACACUGGCUUGUUCCUGUAAGUUGACUCGAUCCUACAGAUUGGUUCUUUUCUGUGCAUCAGUUGUCUUCCAGAGCACCAGUUACUUUAACAUACCUGAAUUUAUAAAAUGUUGAGUUUUGAUCAGGGACUUUCUCCUUUAUAUCAUUUUCACACCUUUUUAGGACAUAUAAAUGGAGUUGGAAGGGAACUGUCAGCACUGCUGCCAUUGUUCCUUUGGAUGACAAUGUGCCUCAGUUUGUGUUUUACUAAAACUGAAAAAAGUAACAAAAUAACUCAAUGCUGUAGCAUGUGGCAAAAUACAAUCCAAACAACAGAUGAGAAAACCAGCCCAAAGCUCUCUUUUAAUUUAAAAUACUACUGACUUCAAAAUUAGUCUGCAAGUUUUUUAGAAUGAUUUUGAAAAUUCCCUUCCAUGAAAUGUUUUUAAAGGUAAUUCUUUAAAUCUAUUACAACCCCAGGUUUCUCUGUAAAACCAGAUUUUCAAAGCAGUUCUGAACAACAGAUAUAGCUCAAAUAAGCAAGUAAGUUGGGUUUUAUUUGACAAUCACAGCAUGUAACGUCCACUAAAUGCUCCUCUAAGGAGUGAAUGCCUCCAUGGGGAUGUGUUUUCUGCCUUUCCAAUUCACUGUACACAUUUGUUUCCUUGCGGAAUUCCCAAUCUUGUCAGAUGUGAUAAUAAACUUUCUAGAAAAUCUGAAUGAAUGAUUUCAGUCCUUCCUGCAGGCAGGUGCAGCUCAGCCCAUCACCCAUGGAUUACACACAUCACAGCCCAGGGUCAGGACAGGUCCUGCUCAGAACGCAGCGCUACGAGAGCACAGCAAGGCACAUCAGUGCCCGUGUUCAUGGGACCACUUGCAAACUGAUCACAGUUAACAGUUCAGAUCUAGCUCAUAAAUUGUCAUUCAGUGUUCACAUGCAGAGAAUCUCAUCCCAACCCUUGCCACAAGGCAGGGGGACCACUAUCCCAGGGUACUCCAAGCCCCCUCCAACCUGGCCUGGAACACUUGCAGGGAUCCAGGGGCAGCCACACCUUCUCUGGGCACCCUGUGCCAGGGCCUGCCCACCUCACAGCCAAAAAUUUCUUCCUAAUACCCCGUCUAACCCUGCCCUCUGGCACUGGGAAGCCACUGUCCCUUGUCCUGGCACUCUGCGCCCUUGUCUCAAGUCCCUCUCUGGGUCUCUUGCAGGCUCCCUAGAAGUUGUAUCAGUACCUUUUCUGGGCCUUUAGGGCUGGUGUUUAGAGCCCUACAGCACCCCACAGAUCCCAUCAGCCCCCAGCCAUGCACAGCACAGGGUGCAGAGGGGCCCCACGGACCCGUUACCUUGGGCCUCCACCAACCUGGACAAUUCUGCAGCGUGUUCCACCCACUCUGUUGGACAUUCUCCAGAUGCAAACUUUCCAGGAUUCAGUGUGGAGAGGAAACUGUAGCAUCCCUGUGUAAAAUGCUCCAAAAUCCACGUCAGGAGUAGCCAGACUUUUGCAGGUGCAGAGAUCCUGGUAUCCAGGUGUGAAAUGUGCACUUACCUUUGCUUUCUAGAAGCUUCAUGCCUCAUUUAAAUUACACAUAUGAAGUGCCCUGUAGUGAGAGCCAGGCACCUUUCCGAGCAUUACAUCCCAGGCUUUAGGAGCAGAUGUCUUCAGAAGGCUCUUACUGACAGGUUUAGACUGGAUGCUAAGACUACUAGUUUGAGUCAGUAGGAUGAAUCCCACCCUAAAUUACAUGUCUGAGCAAAAGACCUAUUUUUUGAAUUCUGAACAUUCAAACUCUAAAAGGCCAGAUUUUAGUUUUCAGUCUGAGCCAUGGACUUAGGCAAACCACAGCUCAACACAGACAGGAAAGAAUAAUAAGGCUGAAACAUUACACCCAACCCAAAACUUGCUGCUCCACUUACCUGGCCAUUUCACCUCAGAGAUCUUCUACUCACUGUCCUUCCUUGAAACACAACAAAAUGGGUAUUUGGCCAUUCUCCUCCUUCUUUCCCUUUCAAUAUUCCUGGAGUCUUCAACCAUCUGUAGAGCAAGAUUUUAAACCAGAUUCUGGUGCUAAAACAUUGAGCAGCAUCAUGACCCCAACUUCAGAACACUGCUGUCUCUAGACAUCUCACUCCAUUUCUCUGUCUUGCUUUCUCUACCCUAAGCAGUUACUUAUUUGACAGGCUGCAAUCACUAGAGACAGACGAAGCACAUGCUCUUUGCACUUACAGCCUGGCAGACAGACAUCUGUUGGUGGUAUCACAGCUCAAGCCAGCCUAACUUCCUCACAGUUCUUCUCCUAAUGCCAACAAAAUGCCAAUCCUGAUCUUUAAUUGCUGGUUUUUACUGUUCAUGUAUCAAGUGAUUCUUCCCCACAGGAUGUGGCAUCUACCCAGCUGCUACUCAGAAUUAUGAGCUGGUCUUCCCCACCAUGCUUCCCUCUAACCUGAGCACUAAUCUGAAUUUCCUAGACAUAAAGCCUGAAGUAGGAAAUGAAACACUCAUAUGUAUCCUUCCCAAGCGGUAAUUACCCACUUGCUCACAACUAAUUACUAAAGUAGAACUCUGCUCUAAUUUACCCUCUCACCUUUCCAACCAGGUGCAAACCAAACAUGCAGAGAACUGCUCAAGCUCUGGGUUCACCUAUGGACCUAAAUUAUUUCACCUUUUGCACCCACAAUCAUAAAACCUGCCUUUCCCUCAUGAUCCAGCAAAGGCAUGAGUUCAGUGAGCAGGAGCCAAGGUAAGCCUCAGCAGGGACACAGUCAAGCAGCACAGAACAAAGAAUCUGGUGAGUCCCACUGCUAAGGGUGAACACCACGCAUCCCCCAGCAGCUCUCCUGGGACACUGCAGAUAUAAAAUUGGCAAAUAUAAAACAACCAGAGACACAAGAACUCUGCAAAUGGGCAGAUGCGAGCAAUCAGGACUCCUCUUCCACUGUCCAUUGCACCCUCAAAGCACUCAAACACAGCCAAAAAGAAAAAGCACCCACCAGGAACAUCCACUGCUGCCGGCGCCAACAGCCACACGAUUCCACCUACUCUGAGUCAGGCUGGGGACAAAGACCACCACACCCUGUUGCCCAAAGCAGAUGGCCUUGUAACAACACCCUGUUUCGUAAGGAAGAACCCAGGGCUGGGUAACCUGUACCAACAUAGCUGUGGCAGUGAGUGCAGUGCAGAAAGCCCUCCUGGGUGCACAGCUCACAGGGCCACCCCGGCUGUACAGCCCUGAUGCUUCUGGCAGCCACACACAGCAGGUAAGCUCUGCUCUCCUCACCAAACCACCCUCCAGUUGGAUUUCACCUGCAACCAUCAGGAACACACUGCUUUAACCCAGGAUUGCAAAGAUGGCUUUGAGGAUAUUGACUCAGUGACAAUCCCCACAACUCCUUGGCUGGCUCUGGACAGCAAACAGCCACGUCCAUCAUUACUGCAGUGCCAGUACUGACUUUACCUGAGAAACAUGUUGACCUGGUCGAAGUUGUCAACAGCAGGUUUCUGGUGUGAACAAUUCAUUCUCAUCACUGCAUCAUGCACUGACAUGCUCACUUCCCUCAUCUCCCACCCCCAUGAGGAAAACCACCUAAUUUGCUCAGCUGGCUCCCUGUCUGAAUAAGCAAGGCAGGAUGGUUCAGUUCAGCACAAACACAUAUCACAAGGUUUGGUCCUCUCCAUCUAUUUCCACAUAAGCAAAAAGAGCUCAACAGGAGUGCCACAUGCUGUACCUAGGAAUGGGACAUCCAAAAAGCUUCUGUACUCCAGCUUCCUUAGGAAAAAGAAUUCACUAUAUGCCCAUUCUGAGCCUAUGUCACCUGUGUGACCAACUCCUGAACAACAGAUGCAUCAAGAUUUUGAAUUUCUCACCAACAGCCUUCCACUGUAUUUUCAGAAACAAACUAGUGACAGCAUUGACAGUAGAAUGUCAAAUCCUGUCCUGGAAGGAUUUCCUCACUCCCAGCAUUGUGCAUCUCCCAGCCAAAGGAUACAGACCGGUGGCACACAGAGAUAUAAAUGGACUACCCCAGAAAGAAGGUCUUCUGAAGAGACAAGAUGUUUCACAAGAUGCUAUAAAGCACAGGACUACAGAGCCUACAGGACACACAUGGACUCUCCUACUCCCUCAGACCCUGAACAAUUUGUAGCCAAAGCUCCCUCUCAUAGCUGUGUCCCACAUCCCUGUUAUCCCUGCCCUAGCUCUGCACAGCUGGCUCCUGAAUGUGUCUGUGCACUCCUCUGCAUCAUGCCCGACCCAUGCUCUGGGCCAAGAGCAUUUACAGUACUUCUGUCCUUCCAAAACCUCUCCUCAUACAGGAGAGUGGGAAUGGGGAAGUCAAGAAAGAGCUACAGCAUCUCUUCACAAUUUCCAGCAGAGGAUGCCAUAGCA